AUGGCGCUUUCAACGCCGCUGACUCAGCAGGCUGUGUCCCCUCUCUAUCUGACUGCUGUCCUUCUCGUCGCCGUUUUCCUGUUUCUUUUUGUGCAAAGCAAGAGAGCAAGGCUUGGUCACAUUCCCGGGCCCUGGCUGGCCAAAUACACCAAUCUAUGGCGUGGUUACCAAGCAUGGAGACUCAACCACCACAACGAAGGCGUCAACAACUACCAGAUCAACAUGAUCGGCCGUUAUGGCGAUGUGGUCAGAAUUGGCCCCAAACAUGUCCUCGUCUAUGACCCCGAGGCUAUCGACACGAUAUACGGCUUCCGAGAACGCCUGGACAAGGCAAAGCUAACCCGAAACCAAUCUGAACAGGGCCCAGGCUAUCAAGUAUUCGUGAUGACCGGCACUGAUCAGACGGCCCUGGUCAGCAUCAAGGACGAGAAAACUCACGGAGCCUACAGACGCCCUAUCGCUCAUGCUUAUUCAUUGUCGUCUCUAAAAGGCUAUGAACCAUACAUCGAUGAAACAAUCGAGAAGUUGAUCAAAGAACUUGAUAAACAUGAUGCUGACGGUACCCCGAUCAACAUGACCCGUUGGCUUCAAUACUGUGAGUUCAACAUUCUACCCAACUUGGCGUGUGGUGUGCAGCAUCUUACUCUAGCUCAAGGGGCCUUCGACGUAAUGUCAAAGAUCUCAUUCGGCGAACCGCUUGGCUUCCUUGACCACGGCUAUGACUUUAACGGCAUGAUCCAGGCUCAAAGAGAAAACUUCAGAUACAUUAGCGUCGCCAACAACUUCCCCCUCCUCGAUACCCUGACCAAGCGCAACCCACUCUUGAAAUGGUUUACGAAGAAACCGAGUAUGUUCUUCACUUUCGCUAGGCGCGUCGUCUCUGAGCGCCUGGCCAAGGCCUCUAAGGAUCCGGAGGCACAAUCCCAAUCUCGACGUCACGAAGACCUGUUGGGCAGCUUCAUCGCAGCCAGGAAAGCAUACCCGUUGAUGACGGACCUUCGGAUCACCCAUCUUACAGCAACCAAUGUUCUGGCCGGUGCCAAUAACAGCGCUCGCGCCAUGGAUGCAACCAUUCACUGGCUGACCGAGCACCCGGAAGCCCAGGAGCGGCUUAACAACGAAAUCCGGAGCGUCAACAUGGCCGCGAUGAAAGAGGUCGACACCGAGGGCCCCGCGGCACUCGAACUGGCCCUGAAAAUGCCUUACCUGGACGCCGUGAUCCAAGAAUCCUACCGACAGUUCGGGGCCCCUGCCAACAACCUCGAGCGCGUGGCGGGCAAAAGUGGCCUCACUUUGCCCAACGGCACGCACCUGCCUCCCGGGACGGUGAUUGCGAUGAACGCCGCAUCAAUGGCCAUGCUACCGCACAUAUUCGGCAAGGACGCCCGAGUAUUCAAUCCGGAGCGCUGGAUGCAGCAGAAGGGGGAGAGCGAGGACGAGUUUCGCGAACGUCGGCUUCGGAUGCAGAGGUCCAUGCUCGUCUUUGGCCAUGGCAGUCGGAGCUGCAUUGGGAAGAACAUCGUGCAGCUGGAACUGUACAAGAUAUGGGCCACGCUGUUGAGGAUCUACAAGUUUGAACCCGCCGAGGUCAAACUCCAUCAGGUCAUGGCGAUCCCACGGCGACGGGAGCAGCGGACCGAGAAGUCGGUCGAGAUUUGA